AUGUCUUCUAUUGCAGCCCCCCAAGCUUCAAACAUCUUUCAAGCCCCUACUGCUGUUCAAACUGCAGGUGUAGCUCAAAACAACCCCAUUCAUAGGCAGCUCUUAACAGAGCAUAUCUUGCAUGAGUUGUCGCAGGCAGAAAUCGGUUAUGCCAUGCUUUGCAUUGGCGGUACUGACAAUGACUUGGGUACUGGGCCCAACCUCAUUAAACAGUUUUACAACCCAAGGCCCAUUAACCAGGUAACCUUGAAGAGUAUUUCAACUUAUGCCAAGGCCAAGGCCCUCUUGAAUCAUUACGAGGACAAGGCAAUUACAAUUGGAGUACACCAUCAACACAUUGCUGGUGGCAUUGAGCCUUCCAAUGGUGGUGCUGAAAUGCACCUGUUUAAUGGAAACCAUCGGGUCCAAUAUAUGAAGACACAACAUGCAAAGGCCUUCUAUGAUUUACAACAGGCCAAAAUGCAAGUCAUUGCAGCUCAGGACGACUUGACUAGAGAUGUGGCUGAAGCAGAGGCAGCAACUCUGACUGCAUAUGUUAGGGACCACUCCAUAUGGCUGGUAAAAUUCUAUGACAUAGAUGUUAUCAAUGCCAGCGCCAACCGUACACUGUUAUUGCAUGAGCUGACUGCCAACGACUCAGCUCCAGGCAGGGACAAUACGGAUACUGAAAAGUAUAAGAACUUGUUACGCUUAUACCGCGACUGCAAGCCCGAAGAAAAGGCAGAACUCUGCACUCAGGUUUCAACAAUGUGGGCCCAAGCAAAGGAAAGGAUGUCAUCUGGCUCUCGUCCUGCAUGGGCAGUCAACUACAACAAGUUAUUUGAUUUCAUGGUGGACCUUUAUGCUGUCAAAGAAUUUGAAGAAUCUCGCCAUACAUCUAUGAACAUUGCGCUCUUCACACCAAUGUUGAAGAUGCUACACUUUUUGGUGUCUCCAGUCAAGAUGCUAAAUCUUGAUCAGUACACAUUCAAUGUGUUGAGAAAACCUUUCAACCUACAAGCAUACCCUGGCGAACGGCAACAGGUUUUGGAUGCAGCACAUCUAGAAUUUGUCUCUCAAAUUAUAUCACCAGAGGUUGAGCCCUAUCUCAGUCUACUCUCUUCUGGGAUCCUAACAGUCAUAGAUAGCUCCUUCAGCACCCAGCUCUCUGCUGGUAUGUGUUAUUAUGGCAGUGUAGAGCCUGGAGAAACAGAAGUAUAUGAAACAGCAUAUAAACAGUAUUGGGCUACUGCAAUCACUGCAGUGGAAAAGAUUAUACCUGAAUUGCGGCCUUGUGAUUCAAGCUCUUUGAUAGCAAUCAUCCUGGAUAACAUGGUCACAAAAAUGCAAUGGCUCAGAACUGGCUUUAUGCCAUUCAAAGGUCCACAUCUGGACUUGACAACGCUACCACCAGUCUUAACACCACACGUCUUUCCUUCACUAACAUCUGUCUGGGAAACAAAGGGCCUGCCACCACGUGAUCCAAAAGAUGAAGUAUUACUGGCUAUAUGUAUGGGCCAAGACAAAAUAUCCGACCUUUGUUCAGCUGUCAACAAACCGAUGGUAACAGCCAUUAAUACAUUCUUACACGGAUGGUCUAAAGAGUUGUCAUUGCUGGGCAAUACUGCUGAGUAUCUCAUUCUUCCAGAAGCCAGCAAAGCCCUUAUCAAAAGCUGCAGGGCAGAGCUGCCAACCAAAGAUCAAGAAAAGGGCCUUUACGCAGUCCAUCAACUCUUACGUGUAUCUGGCUUCCCAUGGCGAACCAACUUGCCCGUUGGUUGUGGCCUCAUCCAGCAUCUCAUAACUCAGAACAUCCAUUGUGCAAACAACAAGGACACUUUGAAGUUCAACAUAAUCUGGGACUUGCGAAGGGACCUAACCAAAUGUAUGUCUGAGAUAUACAAAGACUUGGGUUUGGAAGAUGAAGGAUAUUAUUGGUGGGAUGGUAUCGUUGAACAACCUGAAUUUGAAGAGAAUGACCACAUGAAGGAUCUCUUGCCCAGCAUGAACAGAGUAGAAAGUAUUGCAAUGACGUCUGCCAGAACAUUGAAAGGUUCAACACUUGAAGACAGAAAUAUACAGUCGAUGCUUGAAAUUAUUCAAAUUGCAUCACGACCAGAACUAGGAGGAUUCAAGCUUGGUGGCAACCUCAUGCUUGAUCCAGAGGUUAAAAAUGCCUUGACGGAGUUUAUACAGGUACUUGGUGGUGUAUCUGACAAACAACAUAUUCGUGUAAGGGAACCUACAGAGGACCUUACUGCACCGUAUACCAAGGCUCAACAGGUCAAGGCUAUCAGGUCUAAUGGUCUGCAACGUGAGCUAGAUGAUCUUAGGAUCGCUUCUUCAGAAGAAGCCAAAUUAUAUUGGAGAGGACGUAAGGAUAAUGAACUCAAGUAUACCAAGGCUUUGCAAUCAACCAGUACUCUUGCGCUUAAUGAGGAGGUGAUGAAGAAACAUCUUGCAGAGGCAAAAAAGAAGACUUGGGAAGAAAAACAACUGAAAAGAAGUACAUUGCGGGUGACACCUUUGUUAGCUAAUGCUGCUGCAGUAGUAGCACCAACAGCAGUAGCACCACAAGCUCCUAUAACACAGAAUGCAGUCAAUGUUUCUGAACCCUCACUCUCUACUUUGCAAUCUGAUACUGGAGCCUCUUCAUUUAAGAGAUCCACCCCUUAUGACUUUGACUCGGAAGAGAGAGUGUCAAAGAGAAGUCGUGGAGGAGUUGAUCAUAAUCUGGCAGAGGAACUAGCCAAAAGGUUUAAUAACCUUUCUACCAUAAAACAAGCUGGGCCUAAACUCAAAGUAUCAUGGAUUGCAGUCAAGAAUCAUGUUGGCUUGAAAAGGCGACCUGCCAAUCUUGACAAGUUCCCUAUCCUUUGGCAAGAAGUUAUAAAGAUGGCCUUGGCAAACACGAGUAAAUCAUGCCAUACAUACCUAACCAACUUUUGCAAGCAUCAGGUAAAUGCUCCAGCUGAUGCUACAAUGGUAGACCUCCUUGGUACCUACACCAGCAAUACAAACAUAGGUCACAUAGCAAGGGAGACAUUGCACUUGUAUUCCACCACCACAACAUCAGCACCAAACCCUGUGUCUCAGCUAGGUCAAUCAUCUGCAACUGAAGCUGCUACAACAGUUCCAUCUGGUGACAAAGGCAAAGGGAAAGCCAGAGAGGAUAUAGUGAUGAACAUUAUGCAACCUUCACAAGUACCAAAGGACAUUGAUAUGGAAGAGGCUAAUGAUGUCCAUAAUGGUGAUAAUGAGAUUGAGGAAGAAGAAGAUGAUAAUGCAGACGGAGAUAUGGACUUUAGUGGUGAGGAUAAUGAUGAAGACAAUGUUUCAUAUGAAGUAGAGUAUGGCCCUGAUCCUGGUAGUGAUUGA